AUUCAGUGAGUGGUGAGAAAAGGCCUGAUUGGUUUUCAGGACGUCUAUGGUAAUUCAAAGACGAAAGAUUCUUACAUAUUCUUACAUCUCUGAAACACAUCAGACCUCGAUAAAGAUUCUCUGAGCGACCCGGAUGUGUACUUCUCACGUUGCUAGACGCGUUGCUAGGAAAAGAAGCGUCAGGUCGCGCGCAGUCACAUGGGGUUGAUUCCAAUACCCUUCACCUUCCCUCUGUUUGUUCACUUCUUAGUCCGGAUAUACGUGUUCAUGAAGCUUAUUGGCUGUUUCAUGGAGAAGUAUGAGAAGCUGGCUAAGAUUGGUGAGGGCUCUUAUGGAGUGGUGUUUAAAUGCAGAAACAAGGAAACGGGUCAGAUAGUGGCCAUCAAGAAGUUUGUGGAAUCCGAAGAUGAUCCAGUCAUCAAGAAGAUAGCACUAAGGGAAAUCAGAAUGCUGAGGCAGUUAAAGCAUGUAAACCUGGUCAACCUUCUGGAGGUGUUCAGGAGGAAGAGAAGACUUCACUUGGUCUUUGAGUUUUGCGAACAGACCGUCCUCAAUGAACUCGACAAGCACCCCAGAGGGGUUCCUGAGUUCCAGCUGAAGAGCAUCAUCUGGCAAACUCUCCAAGCUGUCAACUUCUGCCACAAACACAAUUGCAUCCAUCGGGAUGUGAAGCCAGAAAACAUCCUCCUAACCAAGACUGGUGUCAUUAAGCUGUGCGACUUUGGAUUUGCCCGCAUACUGACUGGCCCGGGCGACGACUACACUGACUACGUGGCCACACGCUGGUACCGAGCACCGGAGCUUCUGGUAGGAGACACACAAUACGGCCCGCCAGUGGACGUGUGGGCGCUGGGCUGCGUCUUUGCCGAACUGCUUCUCGGGAGUCCUCUGUGGCCUGGAUGCUCAGAUGUAGAUCAGCUUUACCUCAUCCGCAAAACACUGGGUGACCUGAUCCCUCGACAUCAGCAGGUGUUUCGCUCUAAUGCUUUCUUCAGUGGAGUCAGCAUCCCUGAACCAGAUACCAUGGAGCCACUUGAGAGGAGGUUCUAUGGUGCCUCUCCUCAUGCCAUUACUGUCAUGAAGUCCUGUCUCAUAAUGGACCCUGCUGAAAGAUUGACAUGUGAGGAGUUAUUAGAGCUGCCAUACCUCCAGGAUGAGGGUGGAGUUGGAUGGGUACGAGAAAGUGAACGACCCAUGAGGCGCCAUGAAAAAGGAACCAGACGCAGAAUGACAGGGGCCCAGUAUUUGCCUCAACUUACCAGCAGCACCGUUUCCCCGGCACCCGAGCUAAAGAACAAACACAAGCCCAAGUAUGACCACCAUCUGCCCAACAUCUGACUCUAAAAGGGAAAUUGAAAUGAUGGCAUAUGUUACAGGAAUGUUAGGGGAUAAAAUCUAUAUAAAUCCCCAACAAAUCCAAAAUGAUUUACAUGAAAUUGAAUAUACAAAUGAUCCAUCUCAAAAAUCCAAAGGAACAUUUUGAGAAGUGGCACUGCCAUUAAGUUCGAUCUUGAUUAUGCAUUUGAAUGAGUUGUAACUGUAACUUAUUUCUCAUACUUCUGAAUUGCUUUUAACCCUCGAUAUAAUGUGCGAACAAAUAUGAUUAGUCGGCACAAUCCUCAUCACCAGUAAUAUAGCACCACCUUACCAUGUGGCCUCAGUUAAAUGAUUACUAUCCAACCUUUAUUGUAGCUCACCUAAGUGUCCUUACUAGUCCUACCUUGCUUGCCUUUGUGCCAAAUUUAUCAGGGAGUAGUUUGUUGUGUUGCAAAAGGGUAUAUUAAUAUUUGAGGCUAGCAUAGCUCUUCAACUCAAAGCAUUUAAAUGCAGUUUAAGAAUUAACAGCUUGAAUUGUAAAUGUUUCUUUUGUCUAUCUAACUCGCCCUAUGGGUUCUUUUAUUCAUUUUUCGACAUCUGUGAUUUUCUCACUCAUUAAUGCAAUUGGUAGGGUUGUGUGUUGCACUACUGUAACACUGUUCAUUAGCGGAGCCCCAAUGUUUUAUGCAGAACCACAGAUGUGACCCUUUUUAACUGUUUAGAAGUAAAAUCUCUAUUAUCAUAUUGACAGGCUGAAUAAACAAAAUGUUGUAUGUAUCAAGGUCUUGUUAGCAAUGAAAUAAACAGCAAA